GUUCAACCAGUGUUGAGUUUAGAGGGUCUCUCUCUAGCGGGGUGACAAGUCCGAGCACAGGAGCAACCGAGAGGAAGUAGCUGAAGAAAAAAAAACACACUUUUCAUCAUUUCACCGCUGGAUACAUAACUCGCCCUGGGGUUGGAUUAACUUAAAACCACUCUUUUUUAGUUUUUCUUUUUAAUUUGCUUUAGAAAACUCCGAAACUCACCGAAGACAAUGGGAUCCCAGGCAUCCAAGGGAGAUGUGGCCGCGGAGGCAAACGCUGCUGCCGCUGAUGGUGCAGCUGUCAAAACCAACGGACAGGAGAAUGGACAUGUGAAAACCAAUGGUGAGGUCUCCACAAAGCCUGAUGGGGAUGCUGCCGCCACCAAUGGCUCAGCCGAAGCAGCCAAGGAGCCUGAAGCCGGCGCAGGGGGCGACGCUAUUGAGCCGGCGCCUGCUGCAGACGGAGAGGCAGCCAAACCUGAAGGCGAGGCUGCGGCUAAGGAGACCCCCAAGAAGAAGAAGAAGAAGUUCUCCCUGAAGAAGUCCUUCAACUUCAAACUGAAUCUGAAGAAGAGCAAGAAGACCGAGGCUGUGAAAGAGGAAGUGGCCACUGCCGCCGCCGCCGCCACCCCCUCUGAGGAGAAGCCAGCCGAGAACGGAGCCGCUGCUCCCGCAGAGGAGAAGAAGGAGGAGGUGAAGGAGGAGGCUGCCGCUGAGCCUGCGGCCGAGGCCCCAAAGGCAGAGGAGGCUCCGGCUAAAGAGGAGGCCCCCAAGGAGGAGGCCAAGGAGGCGGCAGCUGCCCCGGCCCCCGAGGCCACGAAACCAACAGAGGAGAGCAGCUCGACCCCCGCUCCCUCUGAAAAGAAAGAGUGAUUGUACCUUUAGCUCACAAUGAACUGGGUGAACUGUUUUUCAAGAGAGAGAGAGAGAGAGAGAGAGAAAGAGAGAGAGAGAAAAUUUAAGAGUAUAUAUAUAUAUUUAUAUAUAUAUGUGUAUAUGUAUACAUAUGUAUAUGGAUAUAUGUAUAUGUAAAUAUAUACACAUGUAUGUGAGAGACUCCUUCGACGUGCCACUUUUCGUCAUGAUAACAAGACGACAGACUAGAUUCACUAGAUCACCUCCCUGGUUACUGCUCGACGUGUGGACCUGGACUGAGUUUUAGGCUGUGGGUUGGUCGCUAUGCGGAAAUUGGAUUUGAAUGGCUAGAACGCGAGCUAAUGACACCGUGAAGUAUAUAGACGGGUGAAGGAUGGAUGGAGAAGGAAGGAGUCAAAGCAUCUUUUCCCUAAAAAUCUGCAGAUCAAAGAUGCCUCCUUGCUGAAGGAAUGCAGCUAGAUAAGAUACUAGGACACCAUCACCACUUGAAAUGACUGUUGAAUAGAGCAACAACAACAACAAAAAAAUGAAAAAAAUGAAAUCAGAAAUUUAAGAGACUCGCCAACUUUUUACAUUCCUAUAUUUUAACCCAAAUUUGAAGUAUUUUGUGGUGUAUUAUAGAGAACCAUCUUAAAGAUUCAGAGAAGCUAUUACCUGUUUGUUUAAAGAAAAAAAAAAAAAUAGACAACUUUGAUUUUUACCUUACUAUGAAAAAAAGAACACUUAAGCUUGCUAUGUUCACUGUUGCGGUUUGAUAUGAAGCAGAGUUGUUUAUCUGUCGUAUGUGAGCCUGAAUCUGCUUUGUCUCUGUAAAUACAUUGGAUUGAUUUCUGUUCUUUAUUUUGCUAAUGUUGACAGAUGUUACUGGUUUUAUUGUAAAGUUGAUAAUGGUAAAUAAAUAUUGGUUUCCUGCCCGUU